CGCGAAUUGAGGUUGGAGGCGUUGUUGAAUGCUACUGAGAGGGCAGUAAAUGGAAGUGCGACGCGGGGAGAGAUGUUACGACGAUAAUUUUUGCAUAGUAGUGCACUAUGUUGAUACUCUGCUGCAUCACUGGUGUCUACACCAGUACUAGUAGUCGCUUGAUAUUGCGAUGCAUUCGGAUUCGCCUAGUUGUCCUGGUGCUUGAUCUUUCACAUCCCUUAUGAUUGUUCCUGUUCCACCUCAGCAGCUCCACGCUCAUCCGAGUGAACACCUCUAAGACCCGGGGAAGGAAUCGGUACUCGCUUAGCGAGCAUCGAGUCUCUUUGGACCACCGCGAAACCGAACGUUGAGGCUCGCAUCGACAGCCUAGAGCAAUUGAAGCAUGAAGUAGUAGACCACGAUCUACCUUAUUUUGUGGAUCGCGCAACAGAAGAAAAUUUUGCAAAAACAUUGGCCAAAGGGGUCGUGGGGGCUUCUAAUAUGACCUCUCCACGGUCUCGGGCUAUCGAAUGACCAAAAUGUCCUCUCCGUCUCUGUCGUGGGUAUCGAAUCGAUAGACAGAGACGGAGAGGACAUAGGGGUCAUUAUGAUGAAGAUUUGAGUAUGGGGGGCGGAGUUCUCCAUCUACUCGGGGUCACCAAGCGAGCGUAAGCGUUUCUGACAAAUUAUUUUCUUUUCCAAUUACAAUUUGUUUUCGUGAAUGUUUUUUCCCUUUCAACGAGGUUCUUUUCGCUAUUUCGACCUCGUACAACUAUCUAGUACAACUGCUGCGGCUGUUUUCCAUAUCUAUGAUGUUGAUGUUGAGAU